GCCAGAUCUCUCAAUAAAUACCAUCAUUGACUGUCCCCCUUUACUCCCUUUCGCCUUUGAAUAUUCAUAACAGAUGAUGCGCCUCUUUGUUUGCACUUGACCCACUCCUACUCCCACUCCCACUCCAAUCCUAAAACCGAACGCCUUUCUCUUCUCCAACAAAUGCUCAUCUGAAUCUCCCGUUGGAAGAAAAAGCCCAAUUAACCAUGUCGCAUAGUCGAUCUCACAACAAAAAAAUCACCACAGUCGAAGUUUUCAGUCUCUGUAGUCUCUUUUAGAGUGAAAACCUUGACGACGCCCAAAAUGGGUUGCUGUGUCAGCACAAACAAGGCUCAAGGGAAACAGGCUAAGGUCUCUAACUUAAAAGAUGCAGCAAGGGAUGGCGCAUCUCAUCCUGUUCUACGUCCAUUUGAAGAGGAGACUGUGAAGGAAGUGCUCUCGGAGACUCCAACCUCAAAACAAUCUUUCUGCAAUGUGGAAGCCCAGAAGAUCCCUAAGCCCUCUUUCCCCAAGAUCGAAAAGGAAAAGGAAAAGCCUUCUCCACCACCAACUCCUCCUCUAGAUCAUUCCUCUUUCACCAAGAAGAUUGAAGAAGGAGCUAAUAAUAUCGAGAGAAGAACAACUCUGCCUCCUGAUCCAUCUCCAACAGUAGAUGAGAUUUCUGAAAUGUCGGACAUGUGUAGCUUGAGUGAGACCUUGUCCACCACAACAAUUGGGGAUGGUGAGGCCCGGCAGAGAGUAGACAGAUCUCCAGCAAAGGCCCUCAGGAAGCUUCCUGGAAGCGGGGAAUUACCCGGGAGGAUGGAAAGGGGAGGGAAGUCUUCUCCGGCGAGAAGGAUGGACCAAUCGCCGGGCCGGAGAAUUGACAACAAUGGCAUGAAACCAUCUCAGAUUCAUCAGAGCACAAAGGACAUGAGUGGCAGUGGUGGUGGUGGAGAUGGUUAUACGAGAAAUCGACGGAUCCCAGGGAGCGGCCGUGGUACGAGACGAGAUCUGGGGGAGAGUUCUGGAAGAAGGUCCAGGUCUCCGGCGACAGGACCCGCUUUGGGGCGGAGCCCAUCGUGGAGAGCCGUGAGGUCCCCUAGUCAGAUCACUGCUUUGGAUCAGGACAACGGACGGAGACCGGAGGAAGCGAGAGAGGAGGAGGCGAAUUGGCCGACGAACGAGUCCCUAGAGAACCCACUUGUCUCAAUGGAAUGCUUUAUCUUUUUGUAGAACAAAUUAUUAGAAGAUUAGCAACAGAGGUGGUCAAACAAUCGAAACAGUCUAAAUUUAAUUUCUAGAUCCUGAAUUGAUGCAUUGCAAUUCAAUUUGGAGGCGAAACUCAGACGAUGUAAGCAUACAAUUACCACGACAUUGUUUCUCGCCGGCGACGAUGUUUGCCGGUAUAUAGCCGUUAUUUUGUCCGCUUCUCUUUCCCCAUCUGUUUGUCCUCUAAUCCUCUUUAUAUACUUUUCAUUUUUCUA